AUGUCGAAUGCUCGCCUCCCUAUUGCCUUCAGAGAUAGCUGUGCACAUCUACUGAUACCGCUCAACCGAUGCCGAGUUCAGGAAUAUUAUUUGCCAUGGAAAUGCGAGAAUGAGAGACAUUCCUACGAGAAAUGCCAAUACGAGGAAUUCAAGAAGCGGGUCGCCAAGAUGGAUGAGUUACGGGCGGCCAAGGGGGGAGCGAGAAGCAAUUGAUCGGAUACUCUCACGGGUUAUACAUACAACGUCGCAUGGGAAAGCCUGCAGACUAGGCUAAAUGUAUUUAUCUCUGGGGAUUUUCAAGGAAACGACAAAAACAAAAACAUUGUACCGGCUAUGUGGAUCAAUUGAAUGUAUAGACAGUCCAGACCAUCCAUUGUUUCCAGUUCGC